CCCUCUAUAAGUCAGUCUGUUUUCAACAAGGCUGUGAAUUGUGUGAUCGUGUGAUUGUGUCUGACUACGAAAUCAUAAUGAAAACGGAAAAUGCUGUAAACCCCGAUUUAAUCGCCGAACGUAAAAAAUGCACUUUUAACACUCUGGAAUUGACGCAUUUAUUAGACGGUGGUGCCAAAAAGACAGAAGAGAGACGUAGUAGAGAAAAAUUUUUCCUGGAAGACCCACAACUACAAUCUAAAGUACCUUUAGAAUAUUUAAGUCACAAAGAAAAAUAUGAAGAGGCUGUACGCAAGGCUUGCAUUAUUUUCCAGAAAGUACAGGAACUUCAAAAUGAAGGACGAGGAGGCAUGGACAAUUUCAGGGAAAUACUUGGAGGUCAGUUAGGUUCAGCCAUUUUAAAAGAUGGCAACCCUUUAACUCUUCAUUAUGUCAUGUUUAUCCCCACCUUGAUGGGACAGGGUACUUUGGAACAACAAAGCGAAUGGAUCCAGAAAGCCUGGAAUUGUGAUAUAAUAGGAACCUACGCACAAACCGAGUUAGGUCACGGAACUUUCAUUAGAGGCCUUGAAACGACAGCAACGUAUGAUCCUGCAAAACAAGAAUUUGUUUUACACAGUCCAACUUUGACAUCAUAUAAGUGGUGGCCUGGAGGAUUGGGACAUUCUGCUAAUUAUGCUGUUGUUCUUGCACAACUAUACACACAAGGUAAAUGCCACGGUAUUCAUCCGUUUGUAGUUCAAUUGAGAGACGAAGAAACCCAUCAGCCGCUUCCUGGUAUUAAAAUCGGCGAAAUCGGUUGUAAACUUGGUAUGAAUAGUACCAAUAAUGGUUACCUCGGCUUUGAUCGCGUCCGUAUUCCUAGAACAAACUUGCUGAUGAAAAAUAAUCAAGUUUUAGAAGAUGGCACAUACAAAAAAUCUCCUAGUAGUAAAUUAACGUACGGAACUAUGAUUUUUGUACGAGUAGUUAUAGUACAAGACGCUGCCCAUUACUUGCGAAAGGCCGUUACUAUAGCCACAAGAUACAGUGCCGUAAGACACCAAUCAGAAAUCAAACCAAAUACUGGAGAACCACAAAUCAUCGAUUUCGUAACCCAACAGUAUAAGUUAUUCCCACAUAUAGCUACGUACUUUGCUUUCCAAUACAGCGCCACCUGGUUGUGGGACGUUUAUAAUAACGUAACCACCGAAUUAGAAGCUGGACAGUUGGAAAGCUUGCCUGAACUUCAUGCUAUAGCGUGCUGCUUGAAAGCCGUAAGUAGUGCUGAUGCCGCCCAAGGUGUAGAAAUUUGUCGUUUGGCCUGCGGUGGCCAUGGUUACAUGACGUCAUCCAACUUGCCUUCAACUUACGGGCUAGUAACUGCAAUGUGUACAUAUGAGGGUGAAAACACAGUCCUUCUGCUGCAAACUGCGAGGUUUUUGAUAAAGAUGUGGCAAAACCGUAACAAACUGGAAAAACUUUCUACCGUCAAGUACUUAGGAAAUGAUUUGAAUAAGAAUAGACCGUUUGAGAGGUCGGUUGAUUGGAUUAUACACGCCCUGCAACAAACAGCAGCUAGAAAAAUUGAAUUAGCUAAUCGUCACAUCAACGAAAGAGUCCGAAACGGGAAGGUGUACGAAGACGCAUGGAAUGAAUCCUCCAUUGAAUUAGUAGCAGCUGCGGAGGCACAUUGCAGGGCGUUUAUUGUAGAAACCUUCCGAAACACGGUUAAUGGAUUAGAGGUUUCCACGGAAUUGAAAAUCGUUCUUGUGCAACUGUUGAAUUUAUAUGCUGUAUAUACUGCACUUAGAUUGACUGGAGAUCUCCUAAGGUUCACAAGUAUUACCGGAAACGAUGUGGAUACUCUCCAAGGAUGGCUAGAAGAACUCCUUGCACUGAUACGUCCAAAUGCCGUGAGUAUCGUCGAUAGUUUUGACAUAAGGGAUGAAGUUUUGGGUUCGACGCUCGGAGCGUCUGACGGAAGAGUAUACGAAAGAUUGUUUGAAGAAGCUUCAAAAAGUCCAUUAAAUUCCGAGCCAGUUAACAAGUCGUUUAAAUUAUAUUUGAAGCCGUUUUUGAAAGCCAGUUUAUAAAUAGUCAUUUGUAAGGUUAGGUUAAGGUGGAACAAGGGACCAGUAGUUUUACAUUGUAAACUUACAGUAAAGUGACAACGAAUUUACAUAUAAUUAGUAGUUUUGAGUAAGAUGAUGAAAAUACUCUUAUCUAAUUAUUUUUUCAAAAAAUGAUUAGCUUCAAGCAACUUCUGUCCAAGUAUAAGUAUUGUACAUUAUAGUUUGAGUCGUUGUUACGCUUUUAUAUCUUUUUGAGUUCGCGUCUGUUGUUUUAUUUUCUUUUUGAUUGUUAUGCAUUCCAUAGAGCUUUUAAAUAUUUGUUAUGUUAAUAAAUUUUUAAAUUAG